CGCCCGCGGAAAUUUGAAAUGGCUGACGGGGUGCUGGCUGGUGUCUGGCUGGGGUCGGAGGCGAUGGCGCCGUGUCCGGGGCCGGAGCCCACUGGCUGGGGGGCCGAGGAGGAGCCGGCGCCCCUCGAGAAAGGUUUCUUCCAAGAUGAAGAUUCAUACAGUGAUUGUAGCAAUCAUGAUAAGCCAGGUACCGGUUUACAAAGCUUUGUGCCAGAAGGAAAAACUCAUUUCCCAGAACUGUUCCAAACAAGUCAUCUUUUGUUCUAUGAGCGAUUUAGAGCCUAUCAAGAUUACAUUUUAGCUGACUGCAAGGCCUCUGAGGUAAGAGAAUUCACAGCGGAGUUCUUGGAGAAGGUCCUUGAACCGUCUGGAUGGCGGGCAGUCUGGCACACUAGUGUGUUCGAGGUGCUGGUUGAGGUCACAGAUGUGGACUUUGCAGCCUUGAAGGCUGUAGUGAGACUUGCUGACCCGUACCUCUGUGAAUCUCAAGUGAGCACUUUUACCCUGGAGUGUAUGAAAGAGCUCCUCGAGCUGAAGGAACAUCGGUUGCCCCUGCAGGAGCUGUGGGUUGUUUUUGAUGAUUCUGGAGUAUUUGACCAGACAGCGCUUGCAAUUGAGCAUGUCAGGUUUUUCUACCAAAACAUUUGGAGGAGUUGGGAUGAAGAAGAGGAGGAUGAGUACGAUUAUUUUGUCAGAUGUGUUGAACCUCGAUUGAGAUUGCAUUAUGACAUUCUUGAAGACCGAGUUCCCUCAGGACUUAUUGUUGACUACCGCAACCUGUUGUCUCAAUGUGAGGAAAGUUACAGGAAGUUUUUAAAUCUGAGAAGCAGUUUGUCACAUUGUGACUCUGAUUCUGAGCAGGAAAAUAUCUCCAUGGUGGAAGGGUUAAAAUUGUAUUCAGAGAUCGAACAGUUGAAACAAAAGCUAAAACUCAUUGAGAAUCCUUUGUUGAGAUAUGUGUUUGGUUAUCAGAAGAAUUCUAAUAUCCAAGCAAAGGGCAUCCGUCCAAAUGGUCAGAAGAUCACCCAUGUGGUCGCCUCCACCAUGAUGACUGGUCUGCUGUGGUCCCUGCUCAGGGACAGGCUUUGUCAGGAGCCUUGUAAGGAGGAAACAGAGAUUCAGUUCCACGGUGAUCCGUUGUCUGCUAUAAAUGCCUGCUAUGAAGGUGACACUGUUAUUGUUUGUCCUGGCCGUUACGUGGUACAUGGCACAUUCUCCAUUGCUGACUCCAUUGAGUUGGAAGGAUAUGGUCUACCAGAUGAUAUUGUGAUAGAGAAGAGGGGCAAAGGAGACACUUUUGUGGAUUGUACGGGUGCAGAUAUUAAAAUCUCAAGCAUAAAAUUUGUUCAGCAUGAUGCUGUAGAAGGAAUCUUAAUCAUUCACCAUGGCAAGACGACGUUGGAAAACUGUGUACUGCAGUGUGAAACUACAGGGGUAACAGUACGAACCUCAGCAGAAUUUUUAAUGAAGAAUUCGGAUUUAUAUGGUGCCAAGGGUGCUGGUAUAGAGAUAUAUCCUGGGAGUAAGUGCACCCUGAGUGACAAUGGGAUCCAUCACUGCAAGGAAGGGAUACUCAUUAAGGACUUCUUAGAUGAGCAUUAUGACAUUCCAAGAAUAUCCAUGGUGAAUAAUGUCAUACAUAAUAAUGAAGGUUAUGGUGUCGUCUUGGUGAAACCUACAAUUUUCUCUGACCUGCAAGAAAGUGCCCAAGAUGAAACUGAAGAAAAUAGAGCACUUAAAAUUCAGACAAGUGGAGAGGCCGAUGCAGCUGAAAGAGUGGAUCUGGAAGAGCUGAUUCAGUGUGCAACUGGUAGAAUGGAGCUUUACGCAAGAUCUGACCUUUCCGAGCAAGUCGAAGGCAAUUGUGAAAUUGUAAAUGAACUGGUCGCUGCCUCCACGCAAAAAGGCCAGAUGAAGAAGAAAAGGUUGAGUGAGCUGGGGAUCACACAAGCUGAUGACAACUUAAUGUCACAGGAGAUGUUUGUUUCGAUUGUGGGGAACCAAUUCAAGUGGAAUGGGAAAGGGAGUUUUGGCACAUUUCUUUUCUGACCAGUAUGCUACAAGUAGAUGGCUAAAUGCUGGAUUUUGCGUAUGCUGCCCCAAGAAUCAUUGCUGCUGUCAUAGUUCGCUUCAUGUGUGUAUUUUAUAUUUGAUAUAUUUGAUUGGGUUUGAGUGAAAUGUGGAUUUAUUUCUAUCUGCAGGUGUUGCACAUAAAACACUCCCUUUUUAUAAGAAAGGUCAUGAAAACGUAUAAUAUGGAAAAUAAUUGGAGGUUUCUUUCCAGAAAGUCUUGCUUUCUCAAACAUGGUUCUCUUGUAUUAAGCCUAUUAGUAACUUUCUAGUGUAAAUACACUUUAAUCUAGCACUUCAGAGAGGAGGAAGAAGGGCAGGAAAUGCAAGAUGAGUGCACAAAAAUGCAACAGUGUCAGAAAUACAGGGUUCUUACAGUUGUCUUUUUACCCCAAUUACAGCAAGUCUGAUUUCCAUGCUGUAUUUGCAUAAUGCUUGUCUUAAAGUAAAAGCUUCUAUGACUGGGAGGUUAUCUGCCUCAUCAGACUUACUGAGAAUCGAGUGGGAUGCAUUUUUAUGUUGAGCUGUGUAAUCGUCAAAACAGUAACACAGCACAGCAGGUUUGACAGAAGUGACAUGUGAUCUUCAGAGCCAGUGCACAUAGAGCAUUCUCACUGUUCCUGAAUACAAAUGAUUAAAAAGAAGGGGCUUUUCUUUUACCAUAACAGUAUUCUGAUCACAUUUCGUACACAGUCAAAAUGACUACCUAUAUAACCUAUAUCAUCUCUGUGUUCUUGAUAUCGUAAAACACAGGUUUUAAAAAUAUUUAUAUUAAAAAAGUGUAUGUGAUAUUA